UUUCUACGGUUGAUGCGGGGUUUCGACGCCGAAGACGUGGAAGUCAUACGGAAAGCAGUGGAGUCAGGUGGUGUGGACGCAAAGGCAUGUGCUCCUGGACCACCGAUGGACGAACGACCGGACGACGAUCAACCCGAAGAGGAUUCCGGUUUAAUUCCACAAAUCGAUCGACCAAUGAGUAUGCCAUACUUAUGCUGCAAAUUGUGGCGAUGGAAAGAUCUCCAGGUCGAUGCAGCUCUCCAUCGCUUAGAGGCACUGCCAUGGUGUCGUUUCGGUCGGGUGACGAUCAACAACGCCACCGUAUCCUGUUGUAAUCCCUACCAUUAUGCAUUAUGGAUACGACCGGAGACGAGUUCUAGUGAUGAGGAUUCACUACGUGACAGUAGUCAGCGUGAAGUGCCCAUGGGUAAUGGUCAUAUCGCCUACAGAAGUCAUAUGGUGACUCCUGAUGUUGAUCUUUCGUUGCAUCUACCUCGGGUAUUUUCCGUCGAUUUGCCGUCGAAUUCACCUCCGUCAGUGCCGCCGACACCUCCUGAACCGGAGUGUUCCCCACCCGGCACCUCGACUUCCUCCCCCUUACACAUGAUUCAUCACCAUGCUGCAGGUAACGUUUUGGUCACAUGGGGCCGUAUGUCACGUUGGGAAAGGAAAGAUCGGGUGGGUGAGCCAUUAUCGCUCACUGGAUCGUUUGCUGCUGUUGGUAUACUUUCCCAGUCAGUCCACGAUGCACAGCCGGUUUGCAGUGAGUGGGAUCUGAAAAACGAGGUGUCGUUCGCGUUGAUACGGCAGUCCGAUCCUAUAGGUUCUGAUGCUCCCGAAGAUGUAUGGUUAUAUAACAGCGGUACACGGCCGUUAUUUAUAAGCAUGACAGCUUCAUCAUCAAAACCGGAUACGUUACGACGUCUUUCACCGGGUUAUUGCAUCCGCGUACAUAAAGGGGAAGCAACAGCCAGUGCUCCAGCUAGUGAACGAGCCAUUCAACUUCAUCGGAGGAUGAGUCGGGAUCCAGCGUUAUCGCAUAGCAAUCUAGUGAUAUCAGUGGGUCGAGGAUGGGGACCGAAUUACAGUCGAUUGUAUGUGACGGAUAUACCAUGUCGAUACGAGGUGUCAUUCGCGUGA